UCUGCCAUGGUUUUCUACUUUUCUUCCAUUUGAGAAGUUAGAAAUGGCCAUGAAUAUUUCUAAAGCUUACACACUGGUUUUGGUCUUGCUCUUCUUCACUAUCUUGCCCUCCAUUAGUGGAGCUAAUGCUGGUUUGGGGGCUUCUUUCAUUUUUGGAGAUUCUCUAGUUGAUGCUGGAAACAACAACUAUCUCCAGACCUUGUCUAAGGCAAAUCUCAAACCCAAUGGCAUUGAUUUUAAGGCUUCUGGGGGAAGCCCCACCGGCCGGUACACCAAUGGGAGGACCAUUGGAGACCUUGUAGGGGAGGAACUAGGACAACCCAACUAUGCUCUUCCAUUUUUGGAUCCAAAUGCUACUGGCAAAGCUAUACUGAAUGGAGUGAAUUAUGCAUCAGGAGGUGGAGGAAUUAUGAAUCAAACUGGGAGGAUAUUUGUUAACAGGCUUUCAAUGGAUAUCCAGAUUGAUUACUUCAACAUUACUAGGAAGCAGUUGGAUAAACUACUAGGUCCAUCAAAAGCAGUAGAAUAUUUAAGGAAGAAGUCUAUCUUCUCAAUCACAGUCGGAUCAAAUGAUUUCCUCAACAACUAUCUUCUCCCAGUCCUUUCCAUUGGAGAAAGAAUAUCUGAGAGCCCUGAGGCUUUCAUCAAUGGCCUCAUAACCAAUUUUAGGAGUCAGUUAACUAGACUCUAUGCCUUGGAUGCUCGAAAAUUUGUCAUCGGGAAUGUAGGUCCCAUAGGCUGCAUCCCUUACCAAAAGACGAUCAAUCAGUUAAACGAAGAUCAAUGCGUCGACUUAGCCAACAAGCUUGCACGUCAAUAUAAUGGCCGACUGAAGGAUUUGAUUAAGGAACUGAAUGACAAUCUCCCGGGAUCCACAUUUGUCUUAGCAGAUGUGUAUGUUUUAGUAUCAGAGGUGAUCACAAAUUACAGAAAAUAUGGGUUUGUGACAGCAAGUAGAGCUUGUUGUGGCAAUGGAGGCCAGUUUGCAGGGAUCAUUCCAUGUGGGCCUCAAUCCAGUUUGUGCACCGAUCAUAACAAGCAUGUGUUUUGGGAUCCUUACCAUCCGAGCGAAGCUGCCAACCUGAUUAUUACUAAGCAACUGGUGGAUGGAGACACUAGAUACAUAACACCGAUGAAUCUUCGACAGCUUAGAGAUCUUUGAUCCUCUUUUUCUUGUGUGUUUAUGUGUUGAGCUUCAAAGUUUUUUGUGUUCGUCUUGCUGCUUUUCUUCUGUGUACAACUUGACUCCUCAUUAUUUAUGAAGGAAUCUAAAUGAACUGAUCAAACCCAAAUGGUUAAUAGUUGAACA